UGCGCUGUGUAAGCGUGCGGUGCAGCUAUGGUUAUUGGUUAUCAUCAUGCAUUAAUCAGCGUUUUACUGGUCAUUCAUCCUUUAUCAUCCACGGGAACAGUAUCAGCAUGACAAGGCGAUUCUAUGAUAUAAAAGAGAGGUACAAUCUGUACCCAUCUCAUUCGAGCUCGGUUUUGGGAACUCGAAACACAGUCGAACAGAAGAUCAUGGAUCGCGUCGAGGAAUGGAACAGGAAAUGGGCUAGAGGACUAGCGUGGUGGCAUCUGCGGAGCGUCAACACCACCCUUCUCGAUCACAGAUCCAUUUUUCUUCCUUCACCCGAGAGGAGGGUCUUGGUGCCUCUGUGCGGGAAGGCGGUAGACCUUAAAUGGUUAUACGACGCUGGACACACAGUCGUGGGCGUGGAAGGGGUAGUGCAGCCCGUCUUGGAGUUCUUCAACGAAAACGAUUUGCAAUAUCGAACAGACAGUUUUUCAUGCGGUACGAUAUAUAAGACGCUGGACGAUCGCCUGACCAUAUACUGCUGCGAUCUUUUUGCCCUUGACGCCGACACGCUGGGCAAGUUCGACGCCGUCUGGGACCGCGGAUCCUUGGUGGCGAUCUACGAAGAAGACAGAGAAAGGUACGCUAGGUUAAUCAGAUCGGUGCUGGCACCGGAUUUCCGGUAUUUAUUGAGCGUCGUUCAGUACGAACCAACGCCAGAAUUCAGCGGGCCACCUAGAAACAUCCCCACGAACCUCCUCCGAGAACUUUUCGGUGACGUUUGCCAGUUGGAAGUCCUGGAACACCUUACGGACGACAGGGAGAACUUCGCCGAAGUCACCCUCAUGCUGACGCCGAAAUACUGAGUCGAAAAAGUCGUUCCCGUCGACGCUUUAAGAUCCCCAUACACUGAACGAUUGUCUGAACGACUGUGUAUCGUUCGCAAAAACACUGCGUAUGGGCUUGUCUGAAUGCAAAAGUGGGCGGAGCCUCGUGUCUGAACGAUCUCAGCGGGGUCUGUCACGACCAGGUUGCUGGCUUGCGACAGAUUGUGGAUUGUUCAAUGUAUGGUUUUGCCUGCCGAUAUAACGCUAUCGCACGCGACGCUCUUCUGGGGAUGAUGCCAUGUCAUCUCGAGACAAAAUCUUUGUUCAGACUGAAAUCGGUGCGAGUAUCGAUAACGACAAUCGUUCAGUAUAUGGGUGCCUUUAGUCUCAUAUGGAGCGAGUGGAAUCUCUAGAUGGAAAAGGACGGUUGUCUUGAUGGUCAGAAGCUUAAGACCUUAUGUAUAUGGUCGAUGUUUUUCGUAGUGGAGCUGGUACCAACACUCGCAAGUGGUAAUACUUCUAUAUACCUUAGUGGUAACGUUUCCUGAGGUCAUUUCUCUGGUGUCCCCAGAGAAGAAUGUGGGCAGAGAGACUGUUGAUAUCUAAUUCAGUGGUGUAACCAAACUUGACCAUACCAAGGACCCCCAGAUAUGGUGAGUUCCAGCCGAGGACCCCAACUAAUCAAAAUUAAUCAUUACCAUACCGGUAUACCAAGUACAACUUAGUACUACAUUUGAUAUUUGCAUAUUCCUGCAGAAAGUAUAAGUAAUUAUAUAAAAUAUUUUCAAUAUUUUUUAAUUGCUUUAAAUUAAAUACAAAAUAAAAAAAAAUUUCUGAAGAUGAAAAAAUAAUUUUUUCAUUGUGUCUCGAACCUCCUCGGGUCUUCUCCUAGACCCCCAGGAAGGGGUCAGCGGACCCCAGUUUGGGAACCACUGAAUCCUAACUUACCUACCAAACUUUUUAAUGUUUAACUAAAUAAAAUUAUUUAUUU